AUGGUUAAAAUCUUAUCGGUAGAUGAAGUUGACAACGAUGCCUUGACGGAUGAAAAAAUACAACGUCAAUUGAAAAUAUAUCUAGAAUUAAAGAACCCGUUUUUGGACUCAAGAUACAUGAAGAAGGCUCAACAUAUUGAUGAAUUUAAUUUUAUUGACGUGAAUCCAACACCGUCCUAUUCUAGCCUCCAAGGGCCCAGAGGAAUGCCUGGUUCGCACGGCAAUCCAGGCAUGGCGGGUGAGAGGGGACCAGCUGGUGAUAGGGGUCUGCCUGGUUCGAUGGGUCCCCCUGGGAUGCCGGGCUUAGAAGGACAGCCAGGACCGACCGGAUCUCAGGGGUCACCUGGAGCAUCAGGAAAACCAGGAUUACCUGGACCUCCGGGAAUGGUGGCUAUUAUGGAAGACAUUGAAUUUCUGGUGUCACAAAUCAUACAAGAAAAAUUUGAAGAACUGGCAGCUCGAAUGAAAGGUCCGCCAGGAGCUCCUGGAGAAGGAAAACCCGGACCUAGAGGUGAAUCAGGAUAUCCGGGUUCUCCCGGCGAUGUAGGAGCGAUGGGUUGCCAGGGUGAAAGAGGUUAUACGGGAAUGCCAGGUGCACCGGGUGAGCCGGGACUGAUGGGGGAAAGAGGCGAAAAAGGGCCGAAGGGAGAUAGGGGAUUAACUGGCCGAGGCAUAGAUGGAAAUCCUGGAAUUACUGGAGAACCUGGACCACCAGGCCCCCCAGGAGAUUCGAUAAUAGGACCGAGAGGCCAGCCAGGUAGCCCUGGUCUACAAGGGCCUCGGGGUCCACCAGGACAGGUUGGACCUCAAGGACAAACUAUGGAUUACUAUACGGAACAUCAGAGGAUGAGACUCAUGCAGCAGCAACAACAAUCUAUUAAUAACGAUGGGAGCAAAGGACCAACCUAUAAUCAUAUUUUACCCUAUUAA